UUUUUAUAUAUAAAAAUCCUUUUACAUUAGUUGUUUCUUUUUUCUAUUAUUCAAAGUGACAACAAUUAAAUUCGUCACUUAAUUAUAUCAGUUCCACAUUGACAAUGAGUCAUAAAUUCACUGGAACCUUUCUACAUAGAUAUUUCGAGAUAGAUUAACAAUUAAAUGAAUUACUUCCUCUGCGUGACUUUCUCAUUUGUCGCACAUACAUUGCAACGGAAAUAUUUUUUAAUACCUCAUUAAAAGGUUCAUUUUAUUGAAAUUAACGGAGCGAAACAUUUAUGUCCUUGUCAAUUGAAGUUUUAAUAUAUUGAUAAUUAUAUAUUAAUCGUGGACAUAAUAAGAAAGGACCAUGAAGUGAUUAUUGGAAUUUUGCGAAUUUGUCUCUUUAAAUUUUAAAAGACUUGAAAAACAUUUGGACGAAUAUUUAUUAAAAAUUUGAUAAUUAAAGAAGAUAAAGAAAAAUGGAGGGGAAAAACACUCAAAUUCAUUUGGCUGUAUUUGCCGGUAUUUUAGCAACAACCGGUAGUUUAUUUGGCAAGGUUGCAGGAAGUUUUGAUAUUAUGCCUUUGGUUCACUUGUUGCCGAAGAUAUGUUUUUUAAUACUUAUGAUUGGAAGUAAUACUGCAGGUUGCACUUUUUUCGUAAAAGCUCUACAAGGAAACGAAUCUUCGUUGCCGGCAACGGUUGCAAGCGCAGCGACAAACUAUUUUUGUUCCGCACUGAUAGGUUUUCUUGUAUUUGGUGAAUCAACAUCAUUGAUGUGGUGGUGCGGAACAUCAUUAAUUCUUUUUGGCCUACUCCUCAUCUGUAAUGCACCUGUUAAAGAAUCCGUGUCCACAAUCAAACGCAAACAACAAUAAUAAUAUUCUUCACCAAGCAUUUUUACACUCGAGUGCUGCU